AUGCAUAUGCCAUUAGUCUUGGGCCUCUUCGUUGUAUCGACCUAUUGUGCACCAGCAAGCGAUAAUAACGAACAAUGGCCAUUGGUAGCUAGCGAGACUCAUCAAAAGAGUGGCUUUGAUUUGGAGCCAAAUGCCAAAUAUGCGUUCUCCGGAAUCACGACAUUCGCCCAACUUCCAGCAAAAGAAUGCCUCUUAGAAGACGGCCCAGCUGACGAUAUCUUGAUUGUUGGCUUUCCCUUUGAUACAGCCACAUCGUAUCGUACCGGGACGCGGUUUGGGCCCAACGCCAUCAGACAAGGAUCCCGCGCUGCUUCUCUAGCCGGGCAUUACAAUUAUCGGCAGGGUAUCAAUCCAUUUACACGGAAUCUCUCCAUUGUGGACUGUGGUGAUUUCCCAAUUUCUCCCUUUGACAAUGCCUUGUCGUUUGCUCAGAUGGAGGAGUGGUCCUCCAGGCUGCUUACCAAAGAAGUAAAAAACCAGCGGAGUGGCGCUGUGUCAAAAAUUACCGGACGAAGGCAUCCUCAAAUCGUCGCCCUAGGUGGUGAUCAUAGUAUCUCUCUUCCUAUUCUCAGAUCACUACACAAAAUUCACGGACCUAUGUCAGCGAUACACAUCGACGCGCACAUUGAUACUUGGUCUCCAAAAGUGUUUGCAGGAUCCAAUGGCUCUCCCAGCAAGCAGUCAGAAUUUGCUGACGGCACGCCUUACUACUGGGCUGGUGUGGAAGGGCUUCUUAGCAAGACCUCGAUCCACGCGGGCAUCCGUAGUACGCUGGACUCUGCGGCCGACCUCGACCUUGAUGCGGAUAUGGGGUUCAAGAUCAUCCCUGCCGGUGCCAUACUACAGCAGGCUGGUCUUCAAGGGGUCAUAAAAACCAUUCGGGACACUGUGCCCCAUGAUGAGCCUAUAUACGUGUCGUUGGAUGUGGAUGUGCUGGAUCCCGCUUUCGCGCCAGGUACAGCCGGUCCCGCGUCAGGCGGUUGGACACCGAGAGAGGUGAUUCAGAUUAUCAUUGAAGCUCUAGCAGGAUUGAACAUCGUAGGUGUAGAUGUUGUCGAGGUACUUCCUGGGAUGGAUAGCUCUGAGAUCACCGGUAUUGCGGCAGCCGAAUUCACUUUCGAGCUCCUUACCACACUUGUCAAAAACCGAAAGUAA